UGCCCCGCGGCCGCGGCACUUCGGCCCGAGCCCCGCGCUGAGCGGCCGGCCGAGCGGGCGCCAUGGAGCAGUGGCGGCAGUGCGGCCGCUGGCUCAUCGACUGCAAGGUCCUGCCGCCCAACCACCGGGUCGUGUGGCCCUCGGCCGUGGUCUUCGACCUGGCGCAGGCGCUGCGCGACGGCGUCCUGCUGUGCCAGCUGCUGCACAACCUGUCCCCCGGCUCCAUCGACCUCAAGGACAUCAACUUUCGGCCGCAGAUGUCCCAGUUCCUGUGUUUGAAGAACAUACGCACCUUCCUUAAAGUCUGCCACGAUAAAUUUGGAUUAAGAAACAGUGAGCUGUUUGACCCCUUCGACCUCUUCGAUGUCCGAGAUUUUGGGAAGGUCAUCUCUGCGGUGUCGAGACUGUCCCUGCACAGUGUGGCCCAGAACAAAGGGAUCAGGCCUUUUCCUUCGGAGGAGACGGCAGAAAACGAUGACGACGUCUACCGCAGCCUGGAGGAGCUGGCUGAUGAGCAUGACCUGGGGGAGGACAUCUACGACUGCGUCCCGUGCGAGGAUGAAGGGGACGAUAUCUACGAGGACAUCAUCAAGGUGGAGGUGCAGCAGCCCAUGAUUAGAUACAUGCAGAAAAUGGGCAUGACCGAGGAUGACAAGAGGAACUGCUGCUUGCUGGAGAUUCAGGAGACCGAGGCCAAGUACUACCGGACCCUGGAGGACAUCGAGAAGAACUACAUGGGCCCCCUGAGGCUGGUGCUGAGCCCGGCGGACAUGGCGGCCAUCUUCAUCAACCUGGAGGACCUAAUUAAGGUGCAUCACAGCUUCCUGAGAUCCAUCGACUUGUCCAUGAUGGCGGGGGGCAGCGCUCUGGCCAAGGUCUUCCUUGAGUUCAAGGAGAGGCUCUUGAUAUACGGGGAGUACUGCAGCCACAUGGAACACGCCCAGAACACGCUGAACCAGCUCCUCGCCAGCCGGGAGGACUUCAGGCUGAAAGUCGAGGAAUGCACACUGAAGGUCCAGGAUGGGAAGUUCAAGCUGCAGGACCUGCUGGUGGUGCCCAUGCAGAGGGUGCUCAAGUACCACCUCCUUCUGAAGGAACUUCUGAGCCACUCCACCGACCGGCCGGAGAGGCAGCAGCUGAAAGAGGCACUGGAAGCCAUGCAGGACUUGGCGAUGUACAUAAAUGAAGUUAAACGGGACAAGGAGACCCUGAAGAAGAUCAGCGAGUUUCAGAGUUCUAUAGAGAACUUGCAAGUGAAACUGGAGGAAUAUGGGAGGCCAAAGAUUGAUGGGGAGCUGAAGGUCCGGUCCAUAGUCAACCACACCAAGCAGGACAGGUACUUGUUCCUGUUUGAUAAGGCGGUCAUCGUCUGCAAGAGAAAGGGCUACAGCUACGAGCUGAAGGAGACCAUCGAGCUGCUGUUCCACAAGAUGACCGACGACCCCAUGAACAACAAGGACGUCAAGAAGUCUCACGGGAAAAUGUGGUCCUACGGCUUCUAUCUAAUUCACCUGCAAGGAAAGCAGGGCUUCCAGUUCUUCUGCAAGACAGAAGACAUGAAGAGGAAGUGGAUGGAGCAGUUUGAGAUGGCCAUGUCAAACAUCAAGCCUGACAAAGCCAACGCCAACCACCACAGCUUCCAGAUGUACACGUUCGACAAGACCACCAACUGCAGAGCCUGCAGGAUGUUCCUCAGGGGCACCUUCUACCAGGGGUACCUGUGCACCAAGUGUGGCGUCGGGGCGCACAAGGAGUGUCUGGAAGUGACGCCUCCCUGCAAGAUCAGUUCACCUGCAGACCAGGAUGCCUCUGGAGCGGGACCGGGUCCCAAGAUGGUGGCUGUGCAGAAUUACCAUGGCAACCCCGCUCCCCCUGGGAAGCCGGUGCUGACCUUCCAGACGGGUGAUGUGAUCGAGCUGCUGAGAGGGGACCCUGAGUCUCAGUGGUGGGAGGGCCGGCUGGUGCAAACCAGGAAGUCAGGCUACUUUCCCAGUGUGUCUGUGAAGCCCUGCCCUGUGGAUGGAAGGCCGCCCAUUGGCCGGCUGCCGUCCAGGGAGAUCGACUACACUGCCUACCCCUGGUUUGCAGGCAACAUGGAGAGGCAGCAGACAGACAAUCUGCUUAAAUCCCAUGCCAGCGGGACCUACCUGAUCCGGGAGCGGCCGGCCGAGGCUGAACGCUUUGCCAUAAGCAUCAAGUUCAACGACGAGGUGAAGCACAUUAAGGUGGUGGAGAAGGACAGCUGGAUCCACAUCACAGAAGCGAAGAAAUUCGAAAGCCUCUUGGAGUUGGUGGAGUACUACCAGUGCCACUCGCUCAAGGAGAGCUUCAAGCAGCUGGACACCACGCUCAAGUACCCCUACAAGUCUCGGGAACGCGCAGCCUCCAGGGCCUCCAGCCGCUCCCCAGCUUCCUGCGCUUCCUACAACUUUUCUUUUCUCAGUCCUCAGGGCCUCAGCUUUGCUUCUCAGGGCUCCUCCGCUCCCUUCUGGUCAGUGUUCACGCCCCGUGUCAUCGGCACGGCCGUGGCCAGGUACAACUUCGCCGCCCGGGACAUGCGGGAGCUCUCACUGCGGGAAGGCGACGUGGUGAAGAUAUACAGCCGUAUCGGCGGGGACCAGGGCUGGUGGCGGGGCGAGACAAAUGGACGGGUCGGCUGGUUUCCUUCAACGUAUGUAGAAGAGGAGGGCAUCCAGUGACGGCAAGAGCACAGACAGGACUCGUGGAUUUUCUUGGAAGGGUCGCUCCUGCUCUGAAGUCCGUCUCCUGCUCCGUGACUCAGAGGAGGAAAUGCCUGCUGACCUUUCGGUCUUCAACAGCCCAUAGGGAUGGGGAGGGUGUGCAAAACCCCAAACGCAAACCGCCUCACACCAGCCUGCCCUUGGUGGCCUGUCCUGGGUUCACUACUUGUACAUAGAUGAAAUCUGGGCAAGCCCUGCUGUGGCCGCCACCACCAGAGCGCUGAGGACCGCGAGCGCCAGGCUCUGGGUGACAGCUGAGGCCAAAGCUCGUCUUGCCCCUGUCUCGUCGAGACGGCAUUCAGGAGCCUAGACUUGCACAGCAGAUGCUGUCCCAGGCAGGGCUGGGCACAGCAGAGGGGCCCCCCCACCCUUUCUGCUCAGCCCCUGGACUGUCCGCCCUCUUGCUUCCUGCUGCUGACAGGGGCGGCCUCAGGCCUGAGAGGAAGUGGGGCCCCUGUGCUGCCCCAGCUGUGCUUGAAUGGAGAGGAGAGCGUUGCAAAGGGCCUGUGAAGUCCCCUUUGACCUCCUCGCGUCCCUCUGCACCAAGGGCUGCAGAGCCCCCCCUCCCCCCAGGGCAGGUCCCUCUCUUGGGAGGGUGCCUUAGGAACGAGGAAGUCACCGACCUUACUCCUUAGUCAAUGGUACUGUCUUCGCCCUGAAUCCGAGGUGUGUGUCUGUCCUGUCCUGCUGCCAGGUGGAGACAUCUUUUGUAAACCCUGAUAUGGGCGGGGAGAAAACAGGGUUUUCACCUUGCUCUGUCCCUGCUGCUCACACCCCUCUCCAGAAGGAGGCCCCCCGCUGCUGCCAUGCAGGCGGGUCCUCGGGGGUCUCCUGUGUCCUGCAGGGUGGUCCCUGAGGGUCCCCCCAGCCUUUGCACAGGAUGUCAGCUCUCACCCUUGGCAGGUCUUCUGCCCAGGGCUCCUGCAGCUCAUGGACUGGGCCUGUGGCCAGCCCAAAAUAAGUGCUCUUGGGGUGGCUCUACCCCGUAUUGCCCCCUCCUGACAUCUCCUGGCCUUUCAGCUUUGGCUGGCAUGGCCAGACCCUGUUUUCUCUGCCUGGAUGUUGCAUGAGAUCUAGUGACACUCUGAGCUCCGUGCCAAAUCUACUGGUGAAGCCUGGGCUUCGUGUGUCCCCCAUCCCUUCGGACAGUGGCUUAGCCCUGGUGCAGGGAGCGGGGACCAGGCCGAGGCUGGGCGUUGGGAAGGCCGGCCCCUACAGGCACGGCUGCUGGUUGCCACGCUGCACCCUGGGGCUCCUCUGAGGUCAUUUUUGUUGCCUCCAAGCUCGGCUCCCACGUUCAGCAUCCUGGCAUGGGGAGGAGGCAGAGAAGGGUCCGAGGUGGCAGGCUAGCAGGGAGGAGAGACAGGCCUGUGCAGCCUGCAGAGGCUUGAGAAGUGAGGCUGAGCGGUUUGGGAGGCAGUGGAGCCGUGGGAGGAAGAGUGAGCCCGGAGGGAGCGACUGAGUCCCUGUCUUAGGUGCACCCAGCACUUUGCGUGAGCCCAGCAAGGGAGGGCAGAAACCAGCCGGCCCCUUUUUGUUUACUGUUGUCGGAAAGGUUUUGUUUCUUGUUUUUUGUUGUUUUGUUUUCGGUUUAGCUGUUUGCUUUUUAAGGGGAAAAGAAGUUUGUAAUUAUUUCGUCCAAAGCUCCCAUUAUAUGUCUGGAAAGGAAGAGAUUUUAUAAUAGUAAGAAAACCGUGGGUAUUUGAGGUCCUCAUAAAACAAGUCGUCAUGAUGAUGGAGGACACAGAAAACAAUUUAAACCCUGCUUUUUGUGAAUGUUUUGUUUAGUUUGUUUUGAAACAUGGGUUUGGUUCGGUUUUCCUUUUGCACUGCACGAGGCAGGAGGGGCAGAGGGCCGGGGCAGCAGGGAUGCUGGUGUUUUUGGCCGGACGCGGGACGCCCUCUGGAGGGGGCUUCGGACCCGGGGCCUGAGAUGAGCUGUGAACACAGGAGCCCAAUGCAUCGGGUCAGGGGCCUGGAGGCGACCCCAGAUAGAACACAAACUGUACAUUGGAUGAUAGGCUUUUUUCAGACCACGGUUUUUACUGCAAAUAAACCUAAGUUCUUUUCUGCAGGA